GUGCGAGCUCUAAGAACCUUCGCGCUUCAGUUCCCACCACCACCAUUGCCCACCAACGAACCAACCGCCGCCCCUUUUUCCCUUUUCUUCUUUCUCUUCCCUCAUCUCUUCUCUUUACUCUUGCCCAACUCUCCUCUCCUCUGCCACUGAACAGACGCCGCGCCCCUCAGUGCCGGCGUUGCCACCCGACCUCCGCGUAACCACCGUCGGUGACCACCGAGCGCCGCCCCUCACCUCUUCUCUUCUUCCUUCUCUCUUUCUUCGUCUUCUCCCUUUCGACGCCUCACCUCCGCCAACCACCGCUCGCGCCAGUGCCGCCGUUGAAGCCCAGCCGUCCAUCCCUGUUCUGCCUCAGCUCUCUCACUGAACAGAACAGAAGCUCCAGCCCCUCUGUGCGACCCUGUCCCCUCCUCCAGCGCAGAACCGAACCAAAACCACCAACCUUCUUCUCCUUUCUCCGCGAGCCCAGGACCGCAGCGCCGCCAGCAACCCUAAUCGCCGCUGCCCUGCUUCCGCCGCGCCUCUCUUUCCCCUGUUCUCCAUCCCUUGCAGCGAGCUUCCUGUCACCGGCUACCAUACGUCCGACGUCCACCGCUGCUGCAACCCCUAUAUCCCUUUCCCUUCUGCUCUGUUCUGUUCUGUUUCUGCCUUUCCAGUUCCACUCGCCACCUGACAGCUAACACUUCCCCUUCCACAGUUCCACUUCUCACUUCCCUCCCCUUAUCUUCCUCUCUUCAAUCUUCAUUUUCCUCUCCAAAAUGGCCACUGUCUUUAGAACCCCCAUUCUCCGGCCACCUAUCCUGCCGCCGCGCUCCUCCUCCUCUUCUGCCGCCGCCGCCACCAAGCCCUCAUGCGUUGCCUUUCCCUCUUUCAGACAAACUGCUACCCGCAGAAGGACCACUUUGCCCCUCACCACUUUGCGGUUCCCUUCAAUUCCUUCCCUGCGCUUCACGAAGUUCGCCCCUUCCGCUUUCGAAGGAGACACCGAGUUCUCGCCUCAAGUUCAAGAGCCUGAGGUUCAGCUUGAGGAUGGUGCUGUUGAUGUAGAGGACAGUGCUGGCCAUAAUGAGGUUAGCGAGGCUGAUGAAAGUGAGGAAUCUUCACCCUUGCAAGAGGUACUGCAAACUUACAAAGAAGCGGUAGCUAAUAAUAAUGAAGCCAUAGUUGCUGAGCUGGAAUCAUAUUUGAAGUCCAUUGAAGAUGAGAAAAUAGGUCUUGAAAGGAAAAUAGCUUCGAUAUCUGCAGAGUUAUCAAUAGAGAAGGAUAGGAUUCUAAGGAUUAGUGCAGACUUUGACAAUUUCCGGAAGAGAACCGAGAGAGAUCGCCUUUCUCUGGUCACUAAUGCACAGGGGGAAGUUAUGGAGAGCUUGUUGCCUGUAUUGGAUAAUUUUGAGAGAGCAAAAACUCAGAUCAAGGUGGAGACAGAAGGAGAGGAGAAAAUAAACAACAGCUAUCAGAGCAUAUAUAAACAGUUCAUGGAAAUUCUUACUGCACUUGGAGUUGAACCAGUUGAGACAGUUGGAAAACCCUUUGAUCCAUUGCUACAUGAAGCAAUUAUGCGCGAGGAUUCAACUGAGUUUGAGGAUGACAUCAUAAUCCAAGAAUUUAGGAAAGGUUUUAAACUUGGUGACCGACUUUUGCGACCAUCAAUGGUGAAGGUAUCAGCUGGUCCGGGACCUGCAAAGCCUGAGCAAGCUCAGCAAGUGGAGCAAGUCGCAAGUGAAAAUUCUGAGGCUCUUAAAGAAAACAAUGGUAGUACAGAAACAGAGUCUUCUUGAAAGCUCAAAAGUCACCUUUUUGCCUGGAUUCAGUUUUGAACAAGUAUGUCGGUUAAAUUUAAAGGAACAUAAUGUUGGAUGUUACUCAAGGAAUGUUUCAGCCAAUUUUUCUUUCAAAGAAAGUAUUAUCUGUGAGGUUUUGAAUUGUGAUUUCAUAUUUCAGAUUUUUCAGCUUUCAUGGCCUUGGUAGAGAUGACUAAUUUUUUACGGAGUUACUGUUUUUCUGCAAGGACCCUGAGGAAGUCACAAAUUUGCAACUGAUGAAGUGCUUUAUACCAUUUGUUAGGAGUUUAAUAGCGUGAACUUUCAAAUCAUUCGAUUAAAGGUCAUUAUGAUUUUUUGACAUUUUUUUCACCA